AUGCGGCCUGGAACAACGCACCAAGCCUCCUGUUGGUGCUGUCGUCGUCAAUGGCGGUGGUGGUUUGACAAAAACGACGAGCAGAAAGUCGAAGUGCUCAAAAGGGGUGGGUACAACACCAAGGCUCCAAGUUGGUACUUCGGACGUGGUAGUCAGAUGGGAACAUGGGAUGGCACUGACAUUGAAGUACUCGGCACCGAGUGCAAGAACUUACUUACCUUGGUGGGCGGCAACGGCAACGGCAACGGCAACGGGAAAAGCCCCGUCUGCUCCAAGGUUUCCAAUUCAACUAGGGAGCCAAUGUCGGGGUUCUGCUCAAGACUGGCAGUCAGGGGUGAAUGGAUGGAAUAG